CUUGACGAGAGCGGACACCUCCGGAAAAUCGUCGAAAUUCCGAUUUAUCCGACCAGAUUUUCGAACCUCGGAAUGAAAGAAAUUAGUAUUUUAUCGCGAAUUAUCCGACCGAUCGUGCAGUGGUGCAGACGCGUUCCCGUACCGGAAACCGGCACGCGCUUUCGGUAGAUUAGGUUUCGUGAUUGCUGAGACAGAGGGAGGGGGAGGCGGCGGACGAGCCACCUACGGUAGUGGACAGGGUUGAGCGGGGGAGUAUCUACGAUACGCGACCGUCAGAAGUCUCGCUCGGUCCGCUCGUGUUCCUACUGGCUUCCGUCGCGUCAGCUGUUCCCGUCCGGCGGAGUAGUCGAGUAGGAGGAAGUAGAGGCGCGCAGCGGCGCACGCACAGAGGCGCAGCGCGAGAUAUCCCACUGUGGUUCGUGGAGCGCGAGAACGCACGCACGUACGCACGACUGAGCACGGCUCGCCGCCCGGGAUGUCCGCGUGCCCGAAGAUGCAGCAGCAGCAGGCGAAUGGCGACGGUGUCGUGGCAUCGCCGAGGAAGAAACAGCGCACCUCGAAUGUAACAACGGGCGACUCGAUAUCGAAGGUUACGGUGGUGCUCGGCGCGCAAUGGGGCGACGAGGGCAAGGGCAAAGUCGUAGAUAUGCUGGCGAUGGACGCUGACGUCGUCUGCAGGUGUCAGGGAGGAAAUAAUGCAGGGCAUACUGUAGUUGUAGAAGGUGCCGAAUUCGACUUUCACCUUCUGCCUAGUGGAAUAAUCAAUCCCAGGUGCAAAUCCGUAAUAGGCAAUGGAGUAGUGAUUCACUUACCUGGUCUGUUUGAAGAACUGGAAAAGAACGAGUCUAAAGGACUUAAGGACUGGGAGGACAGGCUUGUAAUAUCAGAUCGGGCGCAUAUAGUGUUUGAUUUUCACCAACAGGUCGAUGGGCUGCAAGAAUUGGAAAAAGGUACACAGUCAUUGGGAACUACGAAGAAGGGUAUAGGGCCGACUUAUUCAAGCAAAGCUGCUAGAAAUGGGCUCAGAAUCGGGGAUCUUCUUGGGGACUUUGACAAAUUCUCCCAGAAGUUCAACACCUUGGUUACAUCCUAUCAAAAGAUGUUCCCUGCGCUGCAUGUUGAUAUUAAAGCGGAAUUGGAGCGUUACAAAGAAUAUUCCGAACGUAUUAGGCCGUAUGUGAAGGAAACUGUAAAAUACUUACACCAAGCCCUGAAGGAUGGUAAAAAGGUUUUGGUGGAAGGUGCAAAUGCGGCAAUGUUGGACAUUGACUUUGGAACUUAUCCGUACGUAACAAGCUCGAACUGCAGUAUAGGCGGAGUGUUGACGGGUCUUGGUUUACCUCCUAACACGAUCGGCGAGAUAAUCGGUGUUGUAAAAGCGUACACCACCAGAGUCGGCGACGGGCCAUUCCCCACAGAAUUGUUGGAUUCUACUGGGGAGCUACUGCAGAAGAGAGGCCAUGAAGUUGGUGUAACCACAAAGCGAAAAAGACGCUGCGGUUGGCUCGAUUUACCGUUGCUGAAGUUCACAGCACUAGUUAAUGGAUAUACCUCGAUUUGUUUAACAAAACUGGAUAUUUUGGACACCCUGCCGGAGAUAAAAGUGUGUGUCGGAUACCGGUUAAAUGGAAAGGACAUCGACUAUUUCCCGAGCAGUACUUCAGAAUUAGUGAAGGUCGAAAUUGUGUACGAGAAAGUUGAGGGUUGGCAGUCCACUACCGAAGGUGUACGAUCGAUAGACAAACUGCCUACGAAUGCGUAUAAAUAUAUACGAAUGAUAGAAGAAUAUUUGAAUGUGCCAGUCAAAUGGAUCGGCGUAGGAGCAGGUCGAGAGAGUGUAAUUGCCCUCUGACGAUAUACAGUUCGCAAGAUGUUACUUAAAAAGCACACAAUAUUAAAUGUAUUAUUAAUUUUAAUUUUAUCUGUAACAUUUACAAUGCAAAGCUGAUAAGCGCACACAAAGAGAAAGAUUUUAACAAUAAGUUUUCAGUGAAUGUAGUAUUAUUGUUGAAUUUAAGUGACACUAAAUGUACACACACAUAACAUUGUA